UACGUGCAUAUCACAUACCAGAAUAAAGGAAUUGAAAAAAUUAUCAGGUUGAUUAAUUUUUUUUUCUAUGAAAAAAGCUCUUUGUCAGAUAUAUAAAAAGCAAUUGAUUGAUAAGAAAAAAUCUGUUUUCCUUCCUUUUUUCUUUUGCUGUUUCGAUUAGUCAGAAGUCGCGGGAUUUUGUAGAUAAUUCAAUUAAUUUAAUUAAGCGGAACACUAUUUUCCAUAGCCUACCUCGUAUCCGGCAUUGUCGCUACUUUUUGGAACGCACAGUCACAGAUAUUCUUAUAUACGUGUAAUUGAAUUAAUAUUAUUAUUUAAUUAAAUAACGCACGACCUAGCUCCGAACAGUUUGCUUUUUCUAUUCUACCAUCGACUGAGAAAUUGAUUAAACGACUGAAUCCGGAAUAUGAAAUGGCCAGAAUUAUAGCAAACAUAAUUAUAUAUUUGUGCUUGGUGUGUAGUAUUAUUAGUGCUAAUGAAGAUAACGAUAACAUAGUUGAAAAUGUAAGAUCCGAAACGGUAUACAAAACACCAGAGGUGCCACUGGUUGAGACUUCUUAUUUAGUGGAGACAUUUAAUGAUGAAGAAAAGUUUAAAAAUAGAUGGGUGUUGUCAGAAGCAAAGAAAGAUUCUAUAGAUGAGGAUAUAGCUAAAUACGAUGGAAUCUGGUCUGUAGAAGAGCCCAAAAAACAUGCACAAGAGGGUGAUCUAGGAUUAGUGCUUAAAAGCAAGGCUAGACACGCCGCUAUAGCUGCUGAAUUAUCUGAACCAUUUUAUCUUAAGGAUAAGCCAUUAGUUGUACAGUAUGAAGUAAACUUUCAAGAAGGUCAAGAAUGUGGUGGAGCUUAUUUAAAGUUACUCACUUUGGCCCAGGGGCAUGAAGAUUUAAAAAAGUUCCAUGAUAAAACUCCUUAUACUAUAAUGUUUGGACCUGACAAGUGUGGAAACGAUCAUAAGCUGCAUUUUAUCUUCCGGCAUAAAAAUCCUUUGAAUGGUUCUAUAGAAGAGAAACACUGUAAGAAGCCAAGAGAAAGAUUAGAAGAUUUCUUCAAAGAUAAACAACCUCAUUUAUACACUUUGAUUGUUCGACCAGAUAAUAGUUUUGAAAUCAAAGUUGAUAAUAAGGUUGUAAAUUCUGGCUCUCUGUUGGAUGACUUUACUCCACCUGUUAAUCCACCUUUGGAAAUUGAAGAUCCUACCGAUGUUCAACCAGAAGACUGGGAUGAUAGAGAAAAGAUUCCCGAUUUAUCAGCUGUUAAACCAGACGACUGGGACGAAGAUGCCCCGGCACAAAUAGUCGACGAGGAUGAUGUUAUGCCUAAGGGAUGGCUCGAAGAUGAACCACCCAUGAUACCUAAUCCCGAUUCCGUUAAACCCGAAGAUUGGGAUGUCGAGAUGGAUGGGGAUUGGGAACCUCCCGAGAUACCAAAUCCAAAAUGUGCAGAUGUGCCAGGUUGUGGACCAUAUAAACAAAAGAUGAAGAAAAAUCCACGAUACAAGGGUAGAUGGUCGCCGCCCCUGAUCAACAACCCUAAUUACAAGGGAAAAUGGAAGCCUAGACUGAUACACAAUCCUGAUUACUUUAAUGAUGAACAUCCAUUCCGGAUGAUGCCUAUUUUUGCUAUUGGUUUUGAACUUUGGUCUAUGUCCACGGAUAUUUUCUUUGACAAUAUUCUUAUCACGGACGACGAGGAAGUAGCGGCAAAAUGGGCAGAGGAAACAUUUGAAGUACGUCGUGCUAGAAUUGCGGAAGAGAGCUGGAGUAUAUGGCGUCAGAUUGGCACAUUUACCGCGGAACAUCCUUGGAUAUGGGCUGUAUAUAUAAUAGCUGCUGGUUUACCUAUUCUGCUAGUAAUAUAUUGUUGCUGCUUUGCUUCUCAGGACAAAUAUGACUUAAAGGAUGAAGAUAAGCAACCUUUAGAGGUGAAUGAAGAAACUGAAUCCAAACAAGAAGAAAACGAAAAUCCACCUCCUAUUAAAGAACCAGAAGGAGAAGGAGAAGGGGGGGAAGAAGAAGAAGAAGAAGAAGAAGGAGGAGGAGAAGGAGAAGAAGAAGGGAAGCAGAAUGAAAUUGAAGAAAUGAUUGAAAGUGAAGAAAAUGAUAAGCCAGCAGUGGGUGGUGAUGGACCACGACGAAGAAAACCGAAUAAAGAAUAGAGUUUAUUAAACUUAAAUGAAAGAAAUUCAUAUUACUGAUAUUUAUGUAAAAUUCACAUUCCACUUAACACUUGCCAUUGUGGACAUUAGGAUUUUUCAGUGUUAAUUACACGCAAUAUGAUCACCAAGAACCAGACUUUUUAAUAGGUAUCUGGUUCUAAAACAUAAGUUUUCAUUACAUCAUAGCUUGAUGCAAAUGAUUUCACGUCGAACAUGUUUCUUACGUAUGAAUGAAAUACUUACACAAAAAUUUGUAAGAAUGAUGUUCAGUGUAACUGUUUAUGCCUUAAUAAUAUGUAGCAACAUAA